AAGUCUCAGAGAAAUUGCUAUAUAAGUCAUGUUAUCAAGGUUUUCGUGUAACACCGGUUUUGAUAAGACUUGUAAAAUCAAGGCUUAAAUUAUUUUCAAUUGCGCAAGAUGGAUGUGUUGUUAGCAUUUUUUUAUCUUCAACUCACUAUAGGUUUUGUCAGUGGAACUUAUUGUACAGAUGGUUUUGAGGUACACAGGGGGUCAUGCUACUUUUUUAGCCACGGAAAGGAGGCAUGGGAAGAUGCACAUCAAUCGUGUAAACUCUUUGGUGCUAUGCUUGUCGAAGUCGAUUCAUGGGACGAGCAAAAUUAUAUCUCUGAAAAGGCAAGAAUUCUAGGAGACUAUUUCUGGAUAGGACUAACAGACAAACUAAUAGAAGGAGAAUAUAUGUGGACGACAAGCCAGCAAUUAGUUACCUUCUCAAACUGGGGACCAGGAGAACCUAAUGGACAUGAUCACGAAAACUGUGUUCUCAUUGACAGUCCGAAUGACUACAGGUGGGCAGAUGUCAGGUGUGACAGGCCUGAACAUUACAUCUGUGAGAAGAGACUAUUUCUGGAUAGGACUAACAGCCAAACUAAUAGAAGGAGAAUAUAUGUGGACGACAAGCAAGCAAUUAGUUACCUUUCUCAAACUGGGGACCAGGAGAACCUAAUGGACAUGAUCACGAAAACUGUGUUCUUAUUAACAGUCCGAAUGACUACAGGUGGGCAGAUGCCCUGAACAUGAGAAAAGUGGCAGUGGCAGUAUUAUAGGCUGAAUGCAAUUAAAGCUAUUAAAUAAACCAAUGAUUUCAAUGUU